UUGUCGCUGAGUCUUAUGAUUAUCUGUUCAAACCAAACCCAAUUGGGGCAUUUUUCAGAACAACAAAUACUGCCUUCCUUUCAAUUGUUUUAAGAGCAUUGUUUACACAGAGUCAGACUAAUGUGUUCAUCGUCUUUAUGCACUUGAUACGGACAUUUUCAAAGCUUUCGUAGAGACUGAUGAUGAUAUAGAAUGUUUCGAUCUUGUGUGACAAUGAUGCUACUAAAGGCAAGCAUCUUAAACGCUUGUGAUCACACUUGAGAUGUUCGAACUUCGAAGAGAGGCGUGAUUCAUUAUGCAUCAAGACAGGUGUCUCUCCCUGAAUGAAAGGACACUAAGAGGGACAGAGUGGAGAAACAGAGAAUCCCAAUCCCGUCCCAGUUCCCACCUUUAAAUUAACUCCUUUUGGAUAUCUGUAUCGUGUCUCUCCCUGCAUCGUGUGUUUUUGUACUUCUCCCUUAAAUUAACUCCUUUUGGAUAUCUGUAUCUGUAAUUCUGUACCAACCAGAAAUUUCGCUGUUUUGGGGAUUCACUACACUAGAGUUAAGGAAACGUUAGCAAGGGUUAUUGGACCAAAGCAACAAAUCCAUCUCAUUUCAAUUUUCAGGGAGCUCUCUGUUUCAACAAGUAUUUACACAAACAGUUUGUGUCAUCGAUUUUGGCUUAUUUCUUCUUUAAUGGGUUGUGGUAAUUCGGGGAGAAGAGAUGCAUAACUCAUCUACCGCACCCACUACCAAGACCAAAGUUGGAUCCUUGCUGCCGACUGACGCAUCCUUCAAGCGGAAGAGAGGCGUGUUUCAGAAAGACCUGCAGCACAUGAUGUAUGGGUUUGGAGAUGACCCCAAUCCACUUCCUGAAACAGUUACACUUGUGGAGGACAUUGUUGUUGAGUAUGUAACAGAUUUGGUUCAUAAAGCCCAAGAAAUUGCAUCUAAGAGGGGGAAGCUUUUGACUGAGGACUUCCUAUUUCUUAUCCGAAAGGAUUCGCCAAAACUCCACCGUUGUACAGAGCUACUGUCUAUGAAUGAGGAACUGAAACAAGCAAGGAAGGCUUUUGAAGUAGAUGAAGAGAAGCUGGCAAGUGCAGACUGAAAGGGGAGAACCCAGAAUGACUUCCUUUUCUCAUUUUCGCAGAGUAAUUGGAUAUGGCCACAAUUCUUCAGUGUCAUAAAGUAAUGUGUCCGUGCAACUUCUUCACUUAACAUCUGGAAAUAGAAUUUCGAAGCGCCACUUUUACAUCCUUACAAAGAAAUAUCACCUAAAAAGAUAUAUUGAAGAGGGAAAACUCGGUCUUUCAAAGUUUGGCAAGCAAACUCCAUACCGGGUUCCUUUUGUUUCUAUUGUUUUGGAAAUUUUACUUCAUUUUUCAAGUUUCAAUCCUUCUUCCCAUUCUUCCCAUCAGGUAAAAUGAAGUGCCACGCUCAGCCUCAAAGACAAAUCUAACAGGAAAGAAUACUGGGUUAUAUACUUUUUGCAAGCACACUCUAUUCCGAGUUCUUUUUACAACUUCUUAUUGCUUGUUGCAAAAUGCAAGCCAUAUUUCCAUUCUCUUUACUCAUUAUUCAUUACUAAUGUGACCACACCUUCUGAGAUAACAGGUAUCCCCAUCAGCUUCCUCAGUUUCUACAGUAAACCUAUUUCCAUGGACGCAUGCUAUAUCAACA